UCAACAACAUGGCUGCAAGAGAUAGAAGCAAGUCGGCAGAAAGCAAGAAGAAAGAAGUGGAAGAGGAAGUGAUAGACCGAGAAAAUGAAGAGCCAACGAUCCAGUGGGGACUCCUAACACUGGAACAGAUCAGCCUUCUUCGGGAAUUGACUGUCGACGAAGUACAACUGAAAUUUGAAGACGUUCUGCAGUUUAAAAACCAACAGACAUGCUUGAAGGAAGCAGCCUUGCUGGACUACUUUGUGUCAGGUUUCUGGUGGGCCAAAGAGAUGAACUUCUCUAGUGAACAAACAUCCUUUGUGAUGGCACUACUGCAAUCAUCAAUUGACAAUAUAAGUGAAAAGCAGAUGUCAUUUGUGGACAACUUCACAGAGUUUGGCAAAACCUUGAUUGACCUCCGGAAGGCUCCCUCUGCAGACGGAGACCCGCCACUGUUUGACCCAGAGCAGGCCAAGGCCAUCACCAGCUACUUUACUGCCAGCCUGUUCCAGCAUCACCGCAUGUACGAGUUCCUCUUCAGCCAAUCACGAGACAAGAAGCUCCUGGGAAUGGAGAGGAGUAUAGAAGUGAUUGAUGCCGCCGCGCUCUUCGCCCCGCUGGAGGAGGGCAUGCCCGUCCACGUCUUCCAGCACUACUUGGCACCAGCGCAGCCCGCGUCACCUGAAGAGGUGGCGAAGGAAAGACAAGGAGAGGAGGAGGAGGAGAAGAAGGAGGCGGGAGGAGCGGACGACAGGAACGAAGGAGAAAGAGGACGAGGGGACGCCCAGGAGGAGGAGGAGGAGGAGGAGGAAGAGGAGAAGUACAGCGUGGAGGAAGUGCGGGAGGUGCUCCGAGAGAUGACCAAAGAGAUGAUGGGGAAUCUACAGGCUGAAUUUACAGAGAAGCUUCGCAUCCAAGAGGAGAGCUACACAGCCAGGAUAGAGCGUCUCAAAAGCGUCUCAUCAAGCUGACUCCCCCCCCCCCUCCCUCCUGUGGGGUCG